UUCUUGUGUUUCUUACCUUUUUUUAAGAUUAUACACAUUUCCUGUUGCAUGAACAUAGAAUAAACCCGCCUUCCUGUUGAUUUUCUCUGUAAUUCAUCCGAUUGUUUUCAUUUUUUCUGGCAUUACAUGUUUGGCAUGCUGCGAUCAUCACCAGACUUCUGCCUUUAUAUAUUCUUUUUAUCCUGUUUUUGGAAGAGUACAAACACUGUAUACACUAUUUGCUGAGGGCACAGCAGGUUUGAAGCCCACUGUUCCAACAUGGAGCACUCAGAUUUCACGACCCACAAGAACGGACGGCAGAGGAAGGUUGCGGUCAUGGACACUGGAGGGACGAGCUCCUCUGAACCAGACGUAGAAGACGAUACGGAGAGUCUUAUUAAAGUGUUGAACUUUGAGGACAGGAGGCACAGAAACCGGCCUGGGAUCCGGGGCCAGUUGGGGAACGUUGCGCUUCUUCUGUUUCUAUACGUCCUACAGGGGAUUCCUCUGGGACUGGCUGGUAGCAUCCCUCUGAUCUUACAGAGUAAGAGCGUCAGCUACAAAGACCAAGCCUUCUUCAGCUUUGUCUUCUGGCCUUUUAGUCUCAAGCUCCUCUGGGCCCCACUGGUGGACGCUCUCUACUUCAGCAGGUUUGGUAGAAGAAAGUCAUGGCUGGUGCCCACACAGUACCUGCUAGGCCUCUUCAUGCUCUACCUUUCUGUGACGGUCAAUUCACUGAUGCAAAGUGAGGGAGGACCGAAGGUGUUAACACUCACUGCAGUUUUCUUUAUGCUUGCCUUUCUGGCAGCCACACAGGACAUAGCUGUGGAUGGCUGGGCUCUGACUAUGUUAUCCAGAGAGAAUGUGGGAUAUGCUUCUACAUGCAACUCUGUGGGCCAGACAGCUGGAUACUUCCUGGGAAAUGUGCUCUUUCUGGCUCUGGAGUCUGCAGAUUUCUGCAACAAGUACCUCAGAGUAGAGCCCCAGGACACGGGCAUCGUCACCUUGUCAGAGUUCUUGUUUUUUUGGGGAAUUGUGUUCCUGAUUUCUACGACUUUGGUAGCCGUCAUGAAAAGGGAAAAUGAGCACGUCAAAGGAAAGCAGAGAGUCCAUAAGGAGACACAGGGCGUCAUGGAAACCUACAAGCUGCUGUUCUCCAUCAUCAAGAUGCCCACAGUCUUCACCUUUUGUUCACUGCUUCUCACGGCUAAAAUUGGCUUCUCGGCAGCAGAUGCAGUGACGGGCCUGAAGCUGAUGGAGGCUGGAGUUCCCAAGGAGCAGCUGGCACUGCUGGCAGUGCCCAUGGUGCCUCUGCAGAUCCUACUACCCGUGAUCAUCAGCAAAUACACGGCAGGGCCUAGACCUCUGGAUAUCUUCUACAAGGCCUUCCCUUUUAGGUUGCUCAUAGGACUGGGUUACGCUCUGCUGGUGUGGUGGACGCCCAGUUUAAAACAUGAAGGAGCGUUCCCUGUUUACUACUACGCCAUAGUGCUGCUUAGCUACGCAUUGCAUCAGGUGGCGUUAUACAGCAUGUACGUGGCCUGCAUGGCCUUCCAUGCCAAAGUGAGCGACCCCCUCAUCGGCGGGACCUACAUGACCCUGCUGAACACGGUCACUAACCUCGGUGGAAACUGGCCCUCCACGCUGGCUCUGUGGAUGGUGGAUCCGCUGACCUUUAAGGAGUGUCAGGGGGCCGUCGGGCAGAGCUGUGGCUCUCCAGAGGGGGCAGGGCUUUGCGUCAAGGAGGGCGGUGUUUGCGUGACUACGCUGGACGGCUACUACGUGGAGUCAGUGGUGUGUGUCGUCAUUGGGUUGGCCUGGUGGGUGUGGUUUGGGAAGAAGAUGAGGCGCCUGCAGGAUCAGAAGCCCGCUGCCUGGAAGUGCAGAGCUAUUCGGUGAUGACACUUUCAUCAGAACCACAGACUUUUUAUUUUAUUUUUCUUCAAGCACCUCUGCAUACUCCGCUGAAUGGUGGACAUCCUGUUAUUCCAUUUAGUCCAGCUGGUCAUGCUCGUCAUGCUCUAGCUGCUGCGUCAAGCAAACACACACACAUUCUCAACUCUGUCCCCUUGAGGUACAUACAUCUGAUAAAGGACACCAGUGGAGGUAAAAAAGUCUGUGUCAUCGUUACUCGUGUGCCCUGAAAACUGAAACAACCGGUCAUACUAGUUUAGAACUUCUUCUUUUUUUUCUUUCUGAAAGCAUAUUCUGUUCCUUGGAACAGCUUAACCAAACAAGAGCUGGCUCAAAGAAUAUGUUACAAUAACUUUAUGUGUGUGUUUUCCCUUGUUUAGAUUGCCAGUUUGUUGAGUUUACUAUGUGGGAAGUAAAAGUUCAGUUGUUCUGUGCAGUUUUUGCCUUUUGCCCCAAAUAGGAGCAAAAAUAACUUCUGGAACCAACAAGUAAACUCAGCACUUCAGACUGCUGUUAACCUUCCUGGCCAGUCACCAUUGAAUCUAUAUGAACAGGAUACUAGAGGUAAAAGUGAAGAGUCUGGCUGGCUAAACCCAGUAUGAAGACUAUCUUUGAUUGCUGCUUGACUCAGAACUGAACUGAACUGAACCAAACCAAACCAAUGUUUUUUUUUUAAAUCAUUAUUUAAAUAUAUUUUUCUUCCUCCUGUGAUUUGUGCCUUGUUUGGUGUUUCAAAGUCUUUCAAAACCAUCAUAGCUUGAGUUAAAUAAGUUGUUUUCUGGUAAUGUACUGUAGUUUGGUAUCAGUUUUUAUUACAGCAGUUCCUCUCUUUAUACUCUGACGCUGAGCACACAUUCCUCUUGAAGAACUUUAUUAUUAUUAUUACCAAUAUCAUUAAUGGUUAAAUGAACUGAAAUGUCUGAAAUAUUAAAUGCCUUUCUUGGAGCAAUCGUUCCUUAAAACGGAUCAGUUGUAUCCAUUAUAGGGCCAAAUCAAAUCUUUAAUAGCAUUAUUGGACAGUGCAGCUUUGAACUGUUGGGUAUUAAAAAAACAAUAUUUGCAUAUUCAUUUUUAUUUCAGGCAGGUCCUAGUAAGUCUCUCAGCAUUUUCCAGAUUUAUAGAUGCAUUAUUAUUCAAAUACAUUCUAUGUGAAAGGCCACUAUGCUGUAAAUGAACUAUUAAUGCAACAAUGUAUUACAGGAGUCCUAAUUAAGACAUUUAAAUAUCCUAGUCAAGUUUUGCAGAGUGGAACAUUAACACCAGCCUGAGAAGUAUGUCAUUAAAUACAUACGGUGACUUUCUUGCUCCCAAAACCAAUGGAGAUCCCACACCAGCAGCCUUGGAGAGACACUUGAUAAGCAGAUGCCCUGUUUAUGUUUCCAUGUUGUACGUAGAACUGAAUGUUACAUUAUUUUCUCUAAACAAGCAUUGAAGAACUGCUCUGUCAAAUGUAAACACUGAAGCACACAAUCAGGGUUCAUUUGUGACUCAUCUGACAUAGUUUGAUUCUGAUGCCGAUUUUGUGAACUACAUAUAAAAGGUCCAAUAGUUCCAGAUUGCUAUGGUAGCAGUUGUUUUUUAGGCCAGUGAUUCUUCUGAAAUGCACAAAAGUUCCUUAUACUACAUUAUCAUCAGUUAAAAGUCAUACUGCAUGCCCUUGUUUGACAUUUAUUGGGCCUUUCUUCUGUUUUUGUACCAUCACUGUUUUAUGACAACACUACUUCUGUAAAGCCUUUUCCUCAGGGCACUAUAUUUGUUUUGAUUUUCUUUGACAAACACAUUAUUAGACUGUGUGACUGCUGAUUUCAGCAACAUGUGCAUUUGUUUUUAUAUUUUUGAUCAGUUUCAAAUAAGAUACUUGUAUCUUCUAAAUUGGCUUUAAGGUGCAUUUCAGCUGCAAAAGUAAUUUAUUUCACAUAAUCCUCCAACUGAAGUUUAUUCUUUCGAUGAAAAUUUGUUUUUGUUUUACUUUUUAGGCAAAACUUAAAAUUUAACAAUGAGUCCAAAUCCCCAAUCAUAAAAAGUAAAAGGAGGGCAGAGGGUGUAAGUUAAGUAAGACAUUUAAAUAAGCUAGCAGAAGCGCUCUAUAAUGUUCUGAUGAUGAAUGUGAGGAUCUUUGACAUUCAUAGGAUGAAAUGUUGAGAUCUGAAACAAAUCUUAUACAUAAUUAAAAAAAUAUGUG